AUGAAAGGCCCGUAUCCAGAAAUUCAAGGAGGAGGCUCAUUGAUUCUAGCAUGGCAGGUGCGGACUAAGCGGGUGCUCGUCGUCGGAGGCGGCGAGGUAGCUGCUGGCCGCAUCGUCAACGUCCUUAACGCUGACGCUCAAGUCACCGUCGUUUCGCCUCGCUCCGGCCUCAAUGACGAAGUCACCUAUCGCGUAGACCAGAAGCAAGUAGACCUCAUCGACCGAAAGUUCGAACCCUCCGACCUCGAUGGAGUAGACAUGGUGUUGUGCGCUGUAGACGAUCCGGAGGCCUCCACGCAGGUCUACAAGCUGUGCAAGGAGAGAAGGAUACCAGCGAAUAUCGCGGACGUGCCCCCGGAAUGCGACUUCUACUUCGGAAGCGUGCAUCGCGAUGGACCAUUACAGAUCAUGGUUAGCACCAACGGCAAUGGGCCGAAGCUGGCGAACAUCGUGAGGAGACAGAUCGCUGCCAAUCUGCCAUACAACAUCGGUGCGGCUGUACAAAGAGUCGGUAUACUGCGGAGGAAGCUGCGGAAGGUAGCCCCUGCUCAGGACGAAGGUCCAAAAAGGAUGCAAUGGAUGUCGAAGAUCUGCGAACAAUGGACGCUCGACGAGCUCUGCGACAUGACCGAGGAAGACAUGGAAGUGCUUCUCGGAUUCUAUAAGCCCGGAACGAUCCCCACCCUUGACGAAGUCCGUCUUCGUGAACCCGACGGAGCAUAUGACGGACCGUUCUUGAUCUGA